UCUACCCUCAGCCAGAAAAUUUCCUCCAAUAAACUUGACCCUGAUCUCUCUCUCUCUUUGUGCAAGCAAAUCAAGAGAUCCGAACCCAACCCAUCAGCCAUGUUGCUGGGAAAAAGGUCUCGUCCUCCGAUGAAGAGAACCACCAGUAUGACCGAGUUCACUUUAGAUCUAAGCAUCGGAUUCGGUAGCGACGUCGCCCCUCCACCGACAACUCACCCUUCAUCGGCUACCGUUGGUACUACUGGAGAUCAACGUUUCCUUAACUCAAUUGUCUCUCCACGCCCACAUCGCCGGAAUUCAGCCGAUUUCCAGCUUGAAACCGCUCACUUCUUGCGGGCUUGCUUCCUUUGCAAGCGCCGCCUUAUCCCCGGCCGAGAUAUAUACAUGUACAGGGGAGAUAGUGCUUUCUGUAGUCUAGAGUGCCGCCAACAACAGAUGGCUCGAGACGAGCGUAAAGACAAGCUUUCACCUUCAACAAAGAAAGUCGUCGAUGGUUCGGCAGCAUCAACCGUGUUGGUGUCCGGUGGAAAUUCGGAAAUUGUCUCCGCCCAAGUGGAGAGCAUCGCUGCAGCCGCUGUCUAGAUCUUGAUCAAUGAAAAGCCAUCGGAUCCCGCUUGAAUCAAUCAUCAUCUUAUAUAUAAAAUUAUUUGUAUGUGUAUUCUCGGGAGAUAUCAAGUCAAUAAAAAAAAAUAUCAACGAUGCAAUUGAUUUUGAUUUGUUUGGUUAGUUUUGUCCUAAUUUCAUUGGAGACUAUUGUUGUUAUCUUA